AUGGUGGAUGAACACGAUGACGAGGGGUCCUUGAAUAUCAACGAGGCUCUCAAAAAGGAUGGAGAGUCCUCUCAAGUUCCUUUUGGCCAGGACCCUUAUCAGGCUCCUUACCAGGCUCCUUACCAGGCUCCUGCUCAGUUGGGUCAUUAUGUGCACAACGACGAAGCGCAGCCAAGUCACCGAGUUCACGACAUCCUCAACCCUCAACAGCAAGCUGGAGAAUUGCUGUUCCACCACGUUCAACAGUUCAGCCUGGCCCAACACGAUGCCCAGAACGACGCCCAGCUUCAGCAGCAGCCCUUCCACCAGGCACAGUAUUCGGGCCAGCAUAAUCAGGUAGAGCAAAUCAAGCAGGAGUGGCAGACCCAGCAUCUCAAUGUGGGUAACGAUAUGCCCCUGUAUAGGCAGGCGAUCGAAGCCUGGAAGCAUGACGAACCUCUAAACGAAGCACGGAUAUAUGUCGAGGGUCUCCCUCCCAUGGCAUACUAUCUUUUCAAGGUGCCUGCGAGCGUCAGUGGUGGCGUCUCUUUGAUAUCCGGCUCCGAGAUCAUGUACCCGAUGCGAACCGAGAAUGGCUAUACGACAUAUGCCAUCCCGAUCCCGGUCAACCUGGGCAGCUAUCUCGACGGCCUCAAUGACCAGGAAGCUGGUGCUGCAACCCCGUUUGGCAGCACUCCGACGACGAAUAUAUUCCCGGGCACUUCAUCACUCAAUGAGCCCGUUUUUCGGGCUUUGAGCGAUGGCUUCGGUGAUGUCGUCAAUGGUGGAUUCAACGGUGGCUUCCAAGGUGAACAUCACCUGCAUGAAGAUGCCAAUCACCAUGCCAAUCACCAUGUCACAGCUACUGGCCCCAACCAUGUGGGCGACGGUCAGGAAUUCGACUUCAAGGAACUCAACUCGAAUUUGUUCGACUUCACUCAAUUCCACUGA